AUGCAGUGCAACAGGAUCAAGGUGAUUAGUUAUGAGUAUCGCGCUACGGAUUGUAGUAUGGCACGACACUACGAACCAGAAAUGCCGUGGUUAGCACUUGGUACCAUUGCAGACAGACAUGCAGCCUCGCUCAUGGUCAUGGACGAGCAAGCUGAAUACGAGCCAGAGAUCCAGGGGACAUCGGGGAACAGAUCUGAAACUCUGAUUGGAGACCCCCACCCUGGAGAGAUCUUGUUCGGUUAA